GCCAUUGCUGAACUUGGUGCAACGGGAGCCCAUAAUGAACACUUGCACAACUCUUCUUCGCACAUCUCUCUCUUCUUUCAAAUGCAGCCUUCGGUCCACUCCACCCACUCUUUCUGCGCUUUCUCCCGCCUUUUUGCGCACUUCAGGAUUAAGGGUUGCUUCCCCAUGUUACGCCUCAGCUCAGGAAGCUACUUCAGUCGAACCCAUUCACAUAAAUGACCAAUCUUUAUCCGGAAAUCCCAUCAUCGAACCCUCUGAAGACCAACCCAACGACACUGUCGAGCACCUGCUCACGCACACCGAUGACGUUGCUAGGUUGAUGAAGAUGGAGCGCAAGACCCUUCAUGAUGAUGCAUCUCGGUGGUUUCCAUACAUUGACAGGUUCAAUUGUCAAAAUACUUAUGUCACAAGUAGUGAGAUUCUGGAGGCGGUUGGUCCGUGCAUCUCCGAUGUGAGGAAGAAGAGGUUCAGGGAUGUGGUCCACAACCGGAGCUAUUCUGUUUGUUUGGUUGUCGAAGGGCUUAGUGAUUUUGGGAAUGUUUCUGCUGCAUUUCGCUCCGCUGAUGCGCUUGGGUUCCAAUCCGUUCACGUCGUCUCUUGUGACAGCUCCAAAAGGUACAGAGAAAAUCGCCAUGUGAGCAUGGGUGCUGAGAAAUGGUUGGACAUUGAACUGUGGGAUUCUACAAAGGAGUGCUUUGAAGUGUUGAAAUCUCGUGGUUAUCGAAUCGCAACAACACAUUUGGGAUUGGAUACAGUUUCCAUUUAUGACUUGGACUGGUCAUGCCCUACUGCAAUCAUAGUCGGGAAUGAGAGUAGGGGUAUUAGUGAUGAGGCUUUGGAGUUGUCUGAUUUGCACUGCAGUAUUCCCAUGAAAGGGAUGGUGGACUCUUUCAAUGUUUCAGUUGCCGCAGGAAUCCUCAUGCACCAUGCUGUUUGUGACCGAAUAUCUCGGAUGGGUUGUCAUGGUGAUCUGACAUUGGAAGAAAGCCAAAUCUUACUUGCCGAGUUCUCAUUGCGCCAUAGCAAGAGUGCCAUUAGUAUUGUCCAUGAAUAUGCAAAGCGCAAGUCAACUCUGUUGACCUGAGAUGAGAACUAUAGCAGGAAGGUGACAUUCCUAAUCAGAGACUGGCAAAUCUUCCAAGUAACUUCACACGACUGAUUCGUACAAACUGGCACGGCAAACACACCAGUGUAUUAGGUUUACCAAGGACAGUGUGGUGCUUACUAUAGAAUACAAACACCUUUUUAGAAUGACGACUCUGCAUGAUUAAUCCAUUCUUACUCUUAUUCUU